AUGUUUAAAGUAGAUGGUGCUGAAUAUGCUUUCUCAACCUGGUUUGCGGAAAUAGAAUCCAAAAAAUAUAAAGCUGGGAUGACCGAAGAGCGAGCCCAAGAAAUUUUAAAUGCAAUUGACAAUGGCGAGUUCUUAAUAAAAGUAAAAUUUAUUAAAAAUGAUUCUGUAUAUGGAGAUGAAUCUCAAACAAAGAUCGCUUUUAAAAUUAUUGAUAAAUAUGAGCCUAUUUGUGAAUCAAAAAAGGCAGGUGGAAAAUACAUCAGGGAUGGCCCCAAUGUUAUACUUAUAAAGAAAAUGAAACUAGGGUUUUGGGUAGGAAUAGAUGAAAAAUUUCUGGUCAGAAAAGUCAGUGAGCAAUCUGAAGUAGAAAGACUUGAUAGCAAUGCAGUAGUUUAUGGAUUAUAUCAAAUCCGAAAGCCAGAUGUCAAUCGAUUAAUGCCUAUAAAAGAUGGUACACUUAACUGUAUAGCUAAACAAGUAAUAGAGCAUUUUGAUCAAGCCAAAAGAGGACAUGAACUCACAAAAAUUCGUUGGCAAAAAAUAAAUGAUUGGGAGAAAAAAAUGCGCAUUCCAGUGGAAAGUAUUGAUCAGGGUGAUACAUGGGAAGCUAUCAGUAAUGCCCUCAGGGGACCUCAAGCAAUCUGGCUUAUAAAAGUAGGGAAUACGAGUCAAACAAUAUCUCAGUUUGUUCUAGAAGAUGGUCGCACAUUUAGAACAUGGAAAAAGCAUACAGAAAUUAUAGAAGCGUGCAAACAACUGCAAUAUCGGGAAGGAAUAAUCAAUAAGGAAAAGAAAUCGAUUCUUUCAGAGUCUCUAAAAGUUGUUGAUUUAGCAGAGCAGAAUGCACCCGAUUAUCACGUCAAUGAUGUUAUAUGUAUCGAUAUGAAAGAAUGUUAUCCAGCAAGCAUGCGAGGUCAAGGAGAAUGUACACCAUGGUUCAAUAGGUUCGGACAUCCAAUACACUACCUUGUUCGAGUUGCAGUAAAUGGAGAAUUGCCAGAGGAUGAUAUCACUAGAUUUGUGCAGAUUGGUAUUCUAGAAAGUGUGACUAAUAAAGAGGCAAUAAUUUCACUUACUAAACAGACCAAAGUAUGGCUACCUAGAAGUCAAGAUAUUAGUUGUGCAAUUAUAGGUAAGUUUACACAAGGUGGCAAGAUUGAUGAAAAAUGCCUUACUCAUCGACUUGUAACAGAUGAAGGUAAGCUUGAUUUCUUGAUUAAAGAUUGUACUAAUGCUGGAACUUUUGUCGGAAGAGAAAAAUGUCCACUCAGAUUCAUACUUACAUAUUAUGAGGGACAUCAACCUCAAUAUACACAUUUGCAGGCCUCAAUGUUAGCAUAUGCGUAUAUUAAUUUGUUAGAGAUGCUUCAGAGAUUUGAUCCUAAUGAAGUAGUAAGGAUUGCUACAGAUUCUAUAUAUAUACGAAAAGAGACUUUAUAUAAGAUCGAAAAUAUACCGGCAUUCUUCGAGCAAGUUGAGAUAAAGUCAGAUCCAAAUUUAUGUUCACACUAUCCUUUUUGUGCAAUGUGUACUGAUCCAGAAGAAUUAUUUAUUUCAAAAUCUGAAUAUGCAAAAUGGAUUAAAGAGUUUUUAAAAACAAAAAGGCCUUUAGUAAAAUAUAAUUGCAAAAAACAUAAACCAUUUGUUUGCAGAUUUUGCUUUGGGGAAUGGUUUUAUAAACCAGACUUCUAUGCUCUUUCACAUCAACCAGAAGAACAAGAAAUCCAAGAAAUUCAAUCCAGUCAAUGGCGUGACAAAGAUGAAAAAAUAUAUAGACCAGUUACCAAUAUUGUAUACUGGCCAAAGAAUAGACAUUGGGAAUCGAUCAAAAAUAUUCCUAAAAGUACAGCACCUUCGAUUCAUGAUCCUAUUACAAGAUGUCGGAAAUCAUAUCUUAAUGGAGGAGGUGGUUCAGAAAAAACAACGUGUGCAAUUCGAAUUUUCAAAAAUAUAAACAUGGUUGUAUUUACUCAUACAAAUGCAUUAGCUAAAGAUUUUCAAGAAAAACUGGGAGAGUGGACACCUGAAUGCAUGGGAGAGAAAAAAUUUCCACGAGUUGUUAUUUGGGAUGAGGUAAUUUGUUGCGGUGAUGAUGCACAACCUCUGCCAUUCUUCGGAGAAAUGCCACAUAAUUGGUUAAAAGAGCAUGCUGAUUAUUAUGAAGAAGUUUUAACUGAUUAUCAUGCAAAAUGUCCUAAUUACAUGAACUCAAAAAAGCUAUGCACUCUCUCAGAUCACAUAUUAUCAGCACAUCGCCUAUCUCGAAGAAUUGCAUCGCAAAAAUGCCUUGAACUCCAUCAUAUUAAAUAUUCAGAUCUACCGAUUCCAUUAAUAUAUAGGCCAAGAGAUGGACGUAAACAAAACUGCCUCGUUCCAAUUCCCAGUUCAUCUGAGAAACAGGAACUAGUAAAAAAUGAUAUAGUAUAUUUAUCGUUGAAUAUGCUUCCUGAAAAAUUUAUAAAAGAUAUAUUAAGCGAAGAAAAAAUACUUGAUUGGAAUUUGGGAUAUGCUAUGACUGUGCAUACUAGUUGUGUAGAAUAUUUGAAUCAACUUGUGCGAAUUGAAGGUUCCCCAUUACCUCCUGAGAUUGAGGAAGCAAAAAAUAAGAAAGCAAUUGAGCGAUCCUUAAGAUCAUUUAUUUCUGGAAAACUCGUAGGAUAUAUGGAUCAAGAUAAGAAAAAAGACUAUAUGGUUAAACAAGUUAAUGAUUCGGUAAUGGAUUUUUAUAUGAAAGUAAAAGCUAGUACCAGUGAUAGUAAAAAACAGGUUAGAGAAAUAUUUAUUAACGGAUUAUCUCCUGAGAAUUAUUUGGAAGCUGAAAAAUUUGAAUCAGAAAUUUUAUUAAAUGAACUGGUAGGAAGAUUAUGGGUAUUAGAGUCAGAAUGCAAAGCUAAGUAUAUUAAAUUAAAAGCAGAAGUAAUAAACAUAAUUAAAAAUGCAUUUAAAAAUGGUGCUGAAGAUCUUAAAAAACUAAAAACUGAACAACCAGAAUUUUAUGACUUUUAUUUUAAGAUAUAG